AUGGCCAGGGAGCUUCGUCGCUGGAGCGGAAUGCGCAGAGAAGACGUGGCUUCCGGGGAUUCGCUCCUAAGCCGGGCGAUAAGAUUGGCUCUCGUCGCCGGAGAUCCAUCUUGGGGAAGCGGUUUUGGAAUAGGUUGCUGUCAGAGAUUGCCUGGACCGCUUCGGGCGCCGCAACCUGGGGCGCCACCGUCGGAAGGAGGGUGGGCGGCGGAACGGCAUGGGCGGAGGGGCGGCACCGGAGGGGAGCUGCCCCCCCACUUCGACCCCACGUCCCCCACGCAGAUCAAGGCGCAGAUGGGGUCGAGCGCCUACCUGCCGUGCAAGAUAAAGAACCUGGGAGAUAAGACGGUCUCAUGGAUCCGCAACCGGGACGCGCACAUCCUGUCGGUGGACCGGUACACCUUCAUCUCCGACGCCCGUUUCAUGGCCUGGCACGAGGCGGUCACGCAGACGUGGACGCUGCAGAUCAAGUUCGUGCAGGCGAGAGACGCCGGCAGCUACGAGUGCCAGCUGUCCACCGAGCCCAAGAUGAGCCACUUCGUCCACCUCACGGUUGUUUCCCCGAAAGUGACAAUUCCAGGCGGUUCUGAACUUCACGUGCGGAGUGGAAGCACAGUCACCAUCAAGUGUGUAGUGAGUCAUGCACUACACCCGCCCAACUAUGUCUUCUGGUACCAUGAGGACAACCGCGUCUCCGAGAGCUCCUGGGCGGGCGUGCAGCAGACGCCCCUGACGGAGGUCUCGGAGGAAGCCCUGGUCGCCGCUCUGACCAUCACCUCGGCGGACCAACAGCACGCAGGCAACUACACCUGCGCCCCGGCCGCCCUCACGCCCGUGUCGGCCACGCUGCACGUCCUUCUUAAUGGAGAGCGCCCCGCCGCCAUGCAGCACGGGACGAGCGGCGCCGACGCAGCGUCCUCCUUCUCCCGGAGGAACCUGCUCUUCCUCAGCGUCUUCGCCCUCGUCGAGCUCCUCCAGACGCUCCUGCGGUGAUGGUCUCAACCGGAGGCGCCCUUCCUCUUCUCCCCCUUCCUCUCCUUUUCUUCUUCCUUCGUUUUUCGUCUUCUUUUUUAAUUGUGAAUUGUGAGCUUAUAAGGACUUCGUUGUGUUGUGUGUGGGUCAUUGUACAGGAACCUGGAAUGGCAAGAGUAACAGGUGUUUGAAGCUGCUGGGGGCGUCUAUGACCUGUGAACAGUGAUGAACUGUUUUGAACAACUCUGAACCGCGAAGAAUAUGAAACAAAUAAUAGAAAGAAAUAAUAGAAAGAAAUAAUAGAGUGAAGUCUGAACAGCUAUUACCUAUGAAAACAGUGAAUUGAGCAUUACUUUGAAAAAGAAAAUGUGAGAUAUGUACAACUGUGCAUUUCUUUAAACAAAUGUGAACAGUUGCGGAUUAUGAACAUAUAUUCCUCUCUUCUGGCUGUUGAAACUAUCCAUACCUCGUGUGUGUGUGCGUGUGAGUGUUUUUCAUUCAAGAGAAGUGAUAUGUAUGUCAUGUCUAGGCGAUUCCGUUUCCAAUAUAUAUAUAUAUACAGUAUGUGUUCAUCGUUCAAAAUGGAGACCUGGUUCACAUUUCAUGUUUAUACCAAGACUGAAGAGAUUUAUGAUUUCUGUUUUGAUUUGAUUUAUCAACAUUAUUAAUAUUAUUACCUCAGUAAGAAUGACAUUAGUGGAAGAAAACUAUGUUCUAAUAAGGCUGCACAUUUCAAAACAAUACAUGUAUAUAAUCCCAGCAAAUGUAUUCAUUGUUGGUGUUUAACGUGAAAAUAUGAAUGGAUUAUUUUGUGUAUCUGUAUAAUAAUUUCGAGAAAAAAUAUCUACUAUAUAUUGCCAAUGAAAGUAAAGAAAAAAAGAAGAAAAAAUCGCAUGAUAUAAAGAUUGACACGAAGUUAUAACUUAAAUGUUCAGAACAUCUUGUAACAACGUUCACCGUCACCCAGUGAACAAAGGUGAGCGUUGAUAGUGGACCAGUGACCCCUUUCUAAAAAUAGAUAUGUCAGUUUUAGCAAAAUACAAGCUGGAACAAUAGAACAAAGGAGGAACAGAGGAGAACAGUUCAAUAGUGUUGGAGAAGAACACGUUAAAACUAUAAACCUGAAUAUUGUAGUGUUCUAUUUUUCUUGUACGAGAAUGUGUGCUAUAGAUGUAUACAUAUGAAGGAAACUUGUAAAUAGUUUGAUAACCGGUGAUCUGAAAACACCCAGUGAACAGUUUUUUUGUUGUUAAUCUGCGGAUUACAAAUAUGCGCUUAUAUAAUGGGUCAGAAUACCCAUAGAGACUAUAUACCUUUUUAUUGGUAUCCAUACUCCAUUAUCCCUCAUGGUACCCGUGCCCGAUACCCGUGCUAGCUCAAUAACUCUUACCCUUAAUGUCAAGUAAAUAUGAAGUAACUUGAUAUAUACCCCAGUGAACAAACCCCUUGGUGCCUAGUUAUGAGAGUAUGGUACUCAAAUUUUGCCCUUCUUAAUUCUCCCUCAUUUCCUGUUCCCACUCCCCUCGCUCCACCUCCUUCCUUUCCUUCCCCUUCCACUCCCUUCCCUCUCUUUACCAUCCUCCUUCUUCCUUUUC